AUGGAGACUGGGGCAGCGAAGCUCCUGUAUGCGAUGAGUCCUUGGAGCUCAAAGCUCGGGCGUGCACCUGUGGUUGCUGAGCCCUGUGUAGGCAUCUCUGCUUAUCGAGAGUGGAUGCAGAAAGCAGGGCUUGUUUACAGGCCAUGCGCAGCCUACGAUUUCAACAUGGACUUGGUGCCGUUUUGGCGAGCUCUGCGAAACCAGGGUUUGCAGGGGACUUCGGAAGUCAAACUGGGUUUGCAAGAAGGGGACAUCGAGAGGAAUGUCGUGCUGUCAAAACUGUCAAGUGCGGAAGGCUUGAUAAGCGGGCCCCCUUGUCAGCCUUUUGCCUCCACAGGUUUAAGGCAGGGCGCCCAGGACGAAAAAGGCCGCACAGAUGUUUUUGAAUCAGUUGUAAGCAUGAUAUGUGAGGAAGGCUCGCGUGGCUGUCUUCUGUUUUUCAUUCUGGAAAACAGCUCACAUUUGGCUGAUGCCAACCAUGCUGAGUUUCUGAAUGAGAUGCUCUUGAGACUUGAAGUGUCACUGCCAUAUUUUUUGGUAGACACCGUGAAAAAGGAUGCUGCGGAGUUUCUGCCAGUCAAGAGAGGUCGUUUUUUCAUCAGAGGGCUAAGGAGAGACUGCCUGCCAGACCCCAUGCAGGCGUUCCUCCCUGCCCCCCUGUGCUGCACGGAUCUGCUCCCGGCAGUCACACUGGAAGAGAUUUUGGAUCUGAGCUUGGCUGCGACCGAUGUGCAGAGUUUGUGUGCAGGGCACGCUGCUAACCUCACAUUGUACAAGCAGACCAUAUCUCAGUGCAUCGAAGAGCAUCGUGCCCAAGGCAAGCCGCUGCCCUCGAACACGGUUGUUGUGGAGCUCGACCGAAACCCCUUGAGAACUUUCGGCGGGAAGUGGGGUUGGGGCAAGAUCCCAUCACUGAGGACUACGGGGCCACCUUUGUUUCUUCUGAGUUGCGAGGACUUGUCGAGGCCAUGGCAGGUCAUGCGACUGCACAGGUGGCUCAGCAUCGCUGAGCGGUGCAGCGCUCUGGGGCAGCGUGCAAGCCACGCGGCCUUGUUCUCGAGAGACACCCAUGCCCUGCAUGCGAUCGGGAACGCUCUCUCGCCAGUGCAGCUGGCCGCUGUUGCCUCGCCGCUCGUGGAGGCAGCGGUCAACUCUGGCGUGCUCACUGCAGGCAACCGUUGCAAAGCCUGCGCAGUGGAGCUUCUGCCGCACACGAAGCCACCGGGUACAUCAGCCAACAGGGUUCGAAAGCCAAGGGCUCCAACUGAAGAGGAAGCUCCAAAGACUCUGCCUCGUGACACCAGCGCAAAGCCAGAGGCUUCAGCUGAAGAGGAAGCCCCAAAGACUCUGCCUCGUGACACCAGCACAAAGCCAGAGGCUUCAGCUGAAGAGGAAGCCCCAAAGACUCUGCCUCGUGACCGUGACACCAGCACAAAGCCGGAGGCUUCAGCUGAAGAGGAAGCCCCAAAGACUCUGCCUCGUGACACCAGCACAAAGCCGGAGGCUUCAGCUGAAGAGGAAGCCCCAAAGACUCUGCCUCGUGACACCAGCACAGCUGGUUUAGAUGGCACCCAGGACUUACCACGUCACCAGCCAGAAGGCAGCACCCAGGACUUACCACGUCACCAGCCAGAAGGCAGCACCCAGGACUUACCACGUCACCAGUCCGAUGACUUGGAGCUAGAGCUUGAGCGACUGGUUGACGAGCUUUUUUCGGAUGAUGAUCCGGGCAUGGACGUUGAUGAUGCUGCGCCACAGAGUCCACUCGUCCUGAGUGAGAAAGCAACACACCUCUUCGAGUGUUUGGCUAAAGCCAAAGCUUCAUCCAAAAACUGGCUCUCGCCAGCAAGCAAGAGCUCCAAGAACGAACUGCUUGAGGCGGAUCUGCUCCUGCUGUUCGUCCACAGACCGGAGGCCAAGAAAGCUCGAAAAAGCGCUGAGGCCCUGAGGGGAAGCGUGGCCAAGAUGGGACCUUCGCAACGGCAGUGGGGGCCUUGGAAGAGACUCGCCAGACUGGGAAAUUGCAGCGGCUCACGAUACAUGACCCCCCGCGACUGGUGCGCACGGGAAAUGAUCCUGAAGCAGUACAGUACCUUGGAGGAUGCUAUGGCAGCCUACGAGCAGCGCUGCACGGAUCCGGACGUUGUGACCAAGGAGAUCAACGGGGAACUCUGCCUCCGGGUCAACAACGGAGGUCUGGAAAAUGUCGUGGACCGCCAUACCGUUGCAGCAUCCGUGCGGCAGCGGACUGACCUUGGCGAUGGCGAGCAGCUUGAUGGUUUCGAAGAGGAAAUCGGACCUCGCAUGAAACGUGCUUCUGACAAGCUCCAAACAGAGCGGCUUCUGUCAGAGCAGCAGGGCAAGCAGGCCUACGUUCCGGCCGUCGCGGUGCGACGAGAUUUGGAGCAAGAGAAGGAAGUUGCUGAGAACAGAGCUGCUGAAUUUCAGCAGCAAGCCUUGGCACUCAAGGAGAAAGCUGAUCAAAAGAGGAAAGAGUUGAAGGAGAAGCAAGCAACCCAGCUUCCCUCCUUGGCAGUGGCAAAGCUCAGCCUCACCAACGCUAUCCACAAGGCAAAUGCUUCGAUGUCCGAGCUGUUGAAGCGUCAGAAGGCCACAGCAGACACCUUGUGCAAGGACUUGACGAAUGCUUUGUGCAUGUCAGACGUCCCCGUGAAGAGAGAAGCCGAGGAAAAGACGAAAGUGCUGAAUGGCAAGAUCAAGGACCUGGAGACUGCCAUGGAGGAGUCCAUCGCAGAAUGGAACACCAAGGCUGGUGACGAAAGCCUUGACAUCGAAGCCAUGGUGUCAAUGGAGAAGGAUCUGGCAGCCUACAUGAAGGAGUGGCACCUUGGCAAGCACUGCCAGGCAGUGUUGGACACGAAGCAGCAGAUUAAAAACUUCCGCGAAUUCACCUCAGACUGCAAGAAGGAGGUGAAGAAGCGGGACAAGCUGGCCGCGAAGGCGACAGUGAGGGGUUCGAACAAGAAGGCCAAGCUUGAUCAUCCGAACAGCCAGGAGAACCCGCUUCCCGAUGAAAUCAUCAACUGCGCAACGGAGCCAGAGGAUGAGAUGACAGUGCCCCUUCUGCUCCCACCAACGCCGAUGGAAGGCUUUACCCGGGAUGUGACCCGGCACGAGUAUUACAGCGAGCAAAAGAAGUGGGUGGAGCAGAUGCUGCUGAGGAGCAGCCAGAAGUAUUCGUGUGCGGUGGUCACCAGAGACAAUGUGGCCAGGCCCUUCUUGCAGCAGCUGGACCAGAUCCUGCCGGUGCCACUGCGUUCCGUGGCACGACCCUCGAGCAAGGAGCUGCAAGAGAUCUGGCAGUUGUACUUUUACCAGAUGGCCGGGGACUCCGGCCGCCUCUCGAUGUCCACUGACUGGGGCUUGCCCGAAUUGCGCAUCUGCUGCGAAGGCAAGGAGAUCUACUUGGGGUUCCCCGUGAAGAAGCUAGCCGGCAACACGACGGCCGAGAUGCUGCAGCACCUGGAGCGGAUGCGUGCAGAAGAGUUCCUCACGGCAGUUGAGCGGGAUGGCUGGUGUGACAUGCCGCCCUGGGAGGGGAGUCGUGCUGCCCACGAAUUGUUUGUUCGUUCAUCUGAGCCUGCAGGGACCUGA